CGCGGGCGAGACGAGCGUCCUGCGCCUGGCUGCAGAGAGAAAGCCGCGCGUCGGCGCUUUCCUGCGUCCCCUGCAGGCGAUGGCGACGCGUCAGACGUGAAACGUAUAAAAGCGCAAACGAGCUCGGCCUUCAGCCUUCUGAGCGGCGGUCCUGGUCCUACGCGUAACAGCUUUAAGGGUUGAUGCCAACGGCAAUGAUCAGGCCGAGGAUGAAAAAGUAGCCUCUGUGGAUAUUGGAUUUUAUUUUUAUUUUUUUUACAUUUAUUUUAUCUCUUUAGUAGGCUACUAUUACUUGGGCUGCUGCUACUUGGAUGUAGUAAGUAAUGGCUUUACAAGACGUCUGCAGUUUCCACAGUGUCUCUCUCUUCUCUCCGUGGGACGCUGUACUUUUGUCGUCCGUGUCUUCAGAAAACUCUGUUCACAUGUUCGGAAGGGGGUUUGGAGAAGACUCCAAUUCCAGACGCUGGUAUAGGAACAGCAGUUCAACUCCACUGGAAUUUUAUGUGCCAGUGUUGGAAUAUUUAGCAGAGAGCCCUAUUGAGUUUGGCCAAAUCCACCCCAGCUGUAACGCCCCGCGGGCGAUUCCCGAACCAAACAACCAUCUCGACCCUUUCCCGUCUCCCUCCGUCUCUCCCUCCAUUCCUUUCCCAUUCCCUCUGGGACACGGCACCACCACACUGGGGUUCGUUUUCCAGGGUGGAGUGAUCGCCGCGGCCGAUUCCCGCUCCAGCUGCUCUGGCCUUGUGGCCUGCCCGGCCUCCCAGAAGAUCCUACCGGUCCACUCCCACCUGGUGGGCACCACUUCGGGCACCUCGGCGGACUGCGCCCUCUGGAAGCGCGUCCUGGCGAGGGAGCUGCGGCUCUACCAGCUCCGGCACCGCCGGAGGCUGUCGACGGGGGGUGCUGCGAAGCUGCUCUCCCACAUGCUGCAUCCGUUUAAGGGCACGGAGCUGUGCGUGGCUGCGACUCUGUGUGGCUGGGAUGGGGAAGAGGAGGGUUCACCGGACGGGAGGACAGGGACGGACGAGGAGCGCGUUACGCGUGCAGGAAAGCACGGAAACGCUCGUGCACGAACUCAGCCAUCGGUAAAGAGUGGAUCGACUUCACAACCAACAGUAGCGAGCGAUGGAAACAGCGAGCCAGUGAAAAUCAGUCAUGCAAGAUGUCAACCAAUAGGAAAGAGUGCGACGAGCGACCAACCAACAGGAAGGGACACGGCAAGCUCUACUCUGCCGGCUUCAAAACAGUCCGGCCCCAGCCUUUAUUACGUGUGCAGUGAUGGCCUACGCCUGCAGGGGGCGCUCUUCUCGGUGGGCUCCGGCUCUCCCUAUGCGUACUCGGUGCUGGACGGUAGGGUUCACUGGGCACUCGGAGUGGACGAGGCUGUCUCAUUAGCCAGGGAGGCUGUGUACAGGGCCACGCACAGAGACGCUUACUCGGGCAACAACGUGGAUCUUUAUCACGUCACUGCUAAAGGUUGGAGGCGGAGACCCAGAGAGGACCUCAAAGAGGAGUACUACAGGGAGAAAGAGGAGGAGAGGAGGAGAAAGGAAGAGAGGGAGAAGGGAGGACGAGCACAAGGUCGGGCAUGUUGAGGAGAUGCUGAAGAUGACAGGCUAGGAGAAAAUCAGCAAAUGUAUUACAUUUAUUACACUUUGCAAAUGCACAGCAUGAAGGUUUUCCUUCUUUUGCUCCAGAUAUGGUUGCAGCAGUUACGAUACGACUAAGUCACGAAACCGUAAAAACAAACUACAGUUAAUGGUGAAACUGAACAGAAUAACUCCUGUUUAAAACUACAGUUAAUAGUGUAGCAGCAUAACUCCUUUUCAACUGUUCCACAGUAAUAUUUUACAGUAGAGAAGAAACAUUGAGUUUAUCUUGUAAGUGAUGCCUUCUACUUAGAUGAACUCAACUAUGAACUAGCUGUAGCGUGAAAGUGAAGUAGAAAUGAAAACUUUUCUGGAAUUGGUAUUUUUGGUAUAUAACUUAAAAACAAUCUAAUAUUACACAUUCUGGAUCAUUCCAGUUCUUGAUUUUAAACUUUGUUAAAAUUAAAUAUUUACAUUUUCUUGUGGGCCUAAGACAGUCUUUUAAGUCUAAUUUCACACACUGGUUCAGCUCAACAUUGUGAUUUGUAGUCUAACAGUGGUUCAAAAUGAGAUUAUUGCUCCCCUAUGGGAUAGGAAACAUGAAAACAAUGAAAACUAAAAACAAAUAAAAAACAGUAACACAAAAGAUUAUGCUCUUAUUUUGUA